AUGCUGCUUGUUGCACUUGGAAAGUUGGAGUUUGAGCGUGACUUGGUCGACAACAGACUUGAGAAUGAUUUAGGGGUAAUUGUGGACUUGGAAGAACUUGAUACUGGUUUGGGCGACGAUAAACUUUUCAAGUACCUGUACGAAAGACUGGACUUUGCAGAAGCACUUGUGAGAGGUUUUGUCGAGGACGAUGAUGUCUGUAAAGAACUAGCUGUUGAGUCCUUCGACGGAGAAGGAGAGGGCUUGGCUGAACUGGAGCUGGAAGGCCAUUGUGAUGAUAGCGAGUUGAUAAUUUCCGAAGAUCUGAGUUUCGAUGACUUGAAUGACGAAGACUUUACUGGGCUUGAUGUGGGAGUGAUUCUGGAAGUUGUCAGUAUUGUCGCCACCGACCGUGAUAUUGACACCGACCUCGACGUUGAAGGCUUCACCGUUGACAAAAUAUUUGAUAAAGAGGACGUUUACUGUAAGGAAGAAGAUGUAAUAGAACUCGGUAAUCUGCUUCUCUGCUUACAAGCGCCAGUAACACUGGGGACGGCAUUGACUCCAGAACCAAUUGGUAUGAUGUUAGUACCACACUCCAAGUAUUGCGCGAGAAGAAGGUUGUCAUUAUCUUGCUCAAAUACAGCUGCUGCAGUUAGUUGUAUUCAUUCAGAUGGGAACAGACCUUUGGGGACUUGCUGUAAUAUGAUCUUAAAAAAUUAUCUUAACAUGAAAUAG